UUCGCGUUAUGUCGACGCAGAAAGAUUGUAGGUUAUGUGCAUCUUGCGCAGAUCCGAAUCUUCCUCAGUUUAGUGAAAAAAAUUAUAAGUUUACACGGCAAAAGCGCGAGACAGUAUGAAUAGUCGAUCGCGCAGACUCGACUUGCAAAAUGAAUUGCUGUUGUGGUGUUCGUACCCGAUAUAAACCGACCUAAAAUAUCUUCCGGCUCCGAGAGAGAGGUUAACUUUUCAUUAGCUGAUUACCGAAAAUGGCUGUGGAAUUUUUAAUAAAUCGGCUGAAAGCCUUGCUCGUGCUGCUUCUCGGGCUAUUUAAGCGUGCGAUGUGUUGCCUCCGUCGUCGAAGAAGAUCGUCUUGCGAUUCUGUGCCCCUGUCCACAGUCGGAGUGGUACCAAACGUCCUAACCAAUUCAACAGAAUUAGAACAGUGGGACAAGUGGGAGGAAAAUCCAGUUGUCGUUAUACCAGAUAAGCCAGUUAACAUGGUGCAAGCAAAGAUAGAGCAAUACCGACAACAAGUGGUCAAGUCUCCCGAAACGCCUACUGAAGAGCAACUGAACUUUUUUGAGGACAUGACUCCAAAAAUCACCAGACAAACCAAGAUUCUGCUGAAGGAUAAACAAAUGGAAAGCCAAUCCCGCAACGCUGCAAAGUUUACAGCCAUGGAUCUCAUCCCAACCAACGAAUUGGAGGAGUGGGAGGAGAAUACGGCUGGCUGGGACGUAGACGCUAUAGAGGAGUUCAACGAUCCUAGCAAAGUGCUGCGAGAGCAAAGGAGAAGAGAGAGGGAACAGCGGUUGAUAGAUCAGCAGCAGAAAAGACUGGAACGUACUGCGAAACCACCCCUGGGCGCAAAACUGUACUCCUGAUGCAAAAUCAUAUAUAUAUGGGAAUUAAUAUCAAAAUACGCAAUAUUUUACAAUCCGAUGGGAUACCAGAAACUUCUAAUAUAGCAUUUAGCUCGUUCGUAUUAAGCCCCUACUACCCGAUACAAAUUUGUUACUCGUACUCGUUAAUUUUAUUGUUUACUCGAUUGAUUUUAUUUGUUUUUUUCUUAUGUUCCUUUUCAUUUAUUGAUCUCUGAAAAAGGAAUAUAGAAAUCUGUUCCUAGAUUCCCUGCUUCCAAAAUUGCACAUUAAUUAUUUUUAUUUAACUUACUCGUAUUUAUUGAACGUUUUUUAGUGAACUUGUUAAAUUCUCAAUAAAUAAUUCGAGCAAGUUAAUAGCAGUUAAUAAAAUAUCACAAAUAUGUUUCUCUCAGUUACAACAGCAUAAAGUUUGACAUCGAUGCAUUGCGUUGAUAUAAUCUUGAAAAGGAUUAGAAAUUUGUUACAUUGCCAUAUUGUUGAAUCAUGUAAAUGUCCACAAAUGUUUCUCAGCCUUCAAAUAAAGUCCCUUGCUAAUUUCCUCUUUUAUACUUUUAAGGUACUAUAUACAACGGAAAAAUAUGUUCAAUGGAAUAUACAUGUAUAACAGAAGGAAAACGAUAUGCCUGUUUCCAAUAAAAAAUGAUAACAUUUGUAAACAUUCCACAUGAAAUCUGUAAAGUUUUGUCGUGUCGUGUGUAAUAGCUUUUACAUAAAACAGAAUACCUGUUUUGUAAGUUUAUAUAAGUAUUAACCAAAUGGAAUUUAUCUUGUAAAUGCUUCUUUCUAGAUUUGUUAUCCUUACAAAUCAUUUUUCUAUUACAGAUUUUUAAUUCGGCAAACUAAUCUUAUAAAAGUGACAUUAAUAUAUAUUUCAAUUUAUUGUAAAGACGUUUUUGUUAUUCAUAUACCGUUGUCAAAAACUGGUGCAGUGAUCACGGACUUUAAAUCGUUUUAUAAUAAAAAAUACAUUUGUUUCCAAACACUCCAGUUUUUAAGAUACCUUACACGUUAUAUACGUAUCAUAUAGUACAAGGAAAGGGGAAGAGACAGAGAUACAUGUUCCUGUUAAUAUAAUUGAUAGUAAAUUAAAGGAAAAAAGAAAUCUUCAUCCUUCUUUAAAAGAUUGUUAUUUAAAAUUUUAAAUAAGUUUUCUCAAAACCGUGUUUUCCAAACUGAUUUUAAUGAUAUCUAAAGUGAUGAUAUCUGAGUUAUUCGAUUGAUUUUAACUUUCACAUAUAUGUAUACAUAUAUAAAAAAGAUUUACAAAAAACUUAUAUCUCUCUAAAAGAGAAGAAAAAAGAAGAUAUCAAGUACAUGCGCUUGUGUUUCAAUUAAAAUGUUUAAUAAAAGUUGUGAAAAUCACAAAAUCACUUUAAUUGUAAGGAAUAAUAUAAUUUAUAUAUUUUAUUUUAAUAUUCAUACAUCAAACAACUGUGUACAGAAGCAAUGAUAUCAGAAAGUGAUGUCAACUGUAAAUAAAAUUAAAGCAAACGAUUUGAC